AUGGAGCGAACAAAUGGAAAGGAGUCCAUUACUCUGUCUACAGUGAAUGCUGGCAGAGAGAACCUAGGGCUGGAGCUCACGGAAGAAGGGCUGAAUCCUGAGGGAACCAACAGGACUGAGGAGCAAGGACACAGCCUGGGGAACGGGCUGGGGCCUCCCACUAGUCAGAGGAGGAACCGACAACCUUUCAUCAAGAUGAGACAUUUCUGCAAGACGCUUGCCAGCUUGUUCAAGAGAAUCCUGAUGGGCCUGUUGUAUUUAGCAUAUGCUGCCUACCUCCUGGAAGCUUGCAUUUUGGAUUUCCAGAGGGCACUGGCCUUGUUCAUCCUCACUUGUUUGGUGCUCUUUAUCCUGGCUUACCCCUUACUGAAAAGGCUCUUGGGUAAAAAGUUAACAAGAUGUCUGAAACCCUUUGAAAACUCCUGCCUGAAGCUUUGGGCCAAAUGGGUGUUUGGAGGACUCUACUUGAUUGGUCUUAUCCUGUGGCUGGUUGUAGACACAGCUCAAAGGCCAGAGCAGCUGAUGUCUUUCACAGGAAUCUGCAUAUUUGUCAUCAUCCUCUUUGCCUGCUCCAAACACCACAGUGCAGUAUCCUGGAGGGCAGUGCUUUGGGGUCUGGGUCUUCAAUUUGUCUUUGGGAUCUUGGUCAUCAGAACUGAUCCUGGAUUUAUUGCAUUCCAGUGGCUGGGAGACCAGAUUUAGAUUUUCCUGAACUACACUGUGGCUGGAUCCAGUUUUGUCUUUGGGGAUAUGCUUGUCACAAAUGUCUUUGCUUUUCAGGACUUACUCAUCAUCCUUUUCUUUGGAUGUGUGAUGUCCAUGCUCUACUAUCUGGGCCUUGUGCAGUGGGUGGUUCAGAAGAUUGCCUGGUGUUUGCAAGUCACCAUGGACACCACUGCCACUGAGACCCUGGCUGUGGCAGGAAACAUCUUUGUGGGUAUGUCAGAGGCACCUCUGCUCAUCUGUCCAUACCUUGGAGACAUGACACUCUCUGAAAUCCAUGCAGGGAUGACUGGAGGGUUUGCCACCAUUUCAAGCACUGUGUUGGGAGCCUAUGUAUUCUUUGGGAUCACCUCAGUAUCCUUGAUUUCUGCCUCUGUGCUGGCUGCGCCUUGUGCUGUUGCCUUGUCAAAGCUGGUAUACCCAGAAGUGGAAGAGUCUAAGUUCAAGAAUGAGGAAGGGGUAAAACUGCCUAGACAGAAAGAGAAGAAUAUCUUGGAAGCUGCCAGCAGGGGAGCCACAGAUGCCACAGGCCUUGUUACUAAGGUAACAGCCAACCUGAUUGCCUUUUUGGCGUUGGCCUUCAUCAAUGCUGUCCUCACCUGAAUAGAGGAAUUGGUGGAGAUACAGGGGUUCAGUUUCCAGGGAAGGAUCACAAUUGUCAUCUGCUCCUACGUUCUAAGGCCCACAGUCUUCAUGAUGGGUAUAGAGUGGGCAGACUGUCCCAUAGUGGCUGAGAUGGUAGAGAUCAAGCUCUUCAUAAAAGAGUUUGUGGCCUAUCAGCAACUGUCUCAAUAUAAGCACAAACAUCUCUCUGGAGUGGAACAGUGGAUUGCAGAUGAGAAACAGUGGAUUUUGGAGAGAGCUGAAGUCAUUACAACGUUUUCACUCUGUGGAUUUUCCAAUCUUAUUUCCGUGGGAAUCACACUGGGAGGCUUUUCAUCAGUGGCACCCCACCGGAAGAGUGACUUGUCCAAGAUUGUGAUCAGUGCCCUCCUUAUGGGGGCCUGCACAUCCCUCAUUAGUGCCUGUGUGGCAGGAAUCCUCUACAUCCCCAGGGGAGCUGACUGUGUCUCCUUCCUAAGCACAAAUUUCACCAACAGCAGCUAUGAAACCUACGUGUGCUGCAAAGAGCUCUUUCAGAGUACUUCUCAGAACGGCACCCAUGCUCCUUCUUUUUCUGGUCCCUGGGAAGGCAAUGAGUUCAAUGUUAUGGUCCUCGCUAACUGCUGUGGAAUCUACAACCAUUCUACGUGUGUCUAAGGCUGGUCUAUUUCCACAAUAGUAUUGACCCUGACAACUUUUUGAUGACGAAAGUGUUUAUACUCAGAAUACCUGCUCUACAAUUGAUUCAUCAAUAUCUUUAACAGUAAAUAUAAAAUUUUCAUUUUUGGUAUCUCAAUAAUGAUAAUUAGCACUUGUCUUUUCAUUAUUUGAA